AUGUCGCCGCCACAACGUGGGCAUCCCACGGAGCGGCCGUACAUCGAUCUCGUUCGACACAAUGCUCCAAUCCCGCCCUAUCUAUACCAUGAGCCUCUGCCUCAAAAUGCGGACUACGAACGCCCUGCAAUCACACCAUUCGCCCCUCGACUUCCUGCAUUGGGCUAUCCCGAACGAAGCGCAGACCCUCGAUAUAUGCCCCCGGUAGACAAUGUUUACAUGUCUCGACAACCGCUCCCACAAGUGCUUCCACUUCGAACGCACCAACCCAUCUUCGAUCCUCGCUACCAUGCAGCCCAGGGACCGGCUUCCAGUGUAGGCGCAGCCCAAGCUCCAGAGCAUAGCCAGCGGAGCCGAACGUACGACAUGGACUCCCAGUACAGCAGCAGUUCCACAGCAAUGCCGAGUCCCGUCUGGUCAGAUAAAAGCGCAGGUCUACACUCUCUGAACCACAUACCACCCAUACCCCAAGACCCGAAGCCUCAGACGCAGAUGCAGACGCGAAAUCCUUCCUACAGAAUGCCUCACGGCUUCGAUAAGCUCCUCCACCACUCCCCAGAGCCAGAACUUCCCCCGUCCCACAGACCCUCCACACAAUCCAGGUACCAUCUCCACGUCCGACAGCAGCCCAUUGCUGCACGUGCAUGCGGCGCCGGUGAUCGAGAUCGUCGCCCAGUCGACCCACCGCCAAUCGUCCAGAUCCUCCUAACAGACUUCGACCCUAAUUCUCAAGAAGAUCGGGAUCUCCUUCAAGACCCCCGCUUCACAGUAGGCUGUCUUCUCUUCCCAGUCUCGUCAUCUUCGCCAUGGCCCAACCCAGAUGCCAAUCCGCCCCGGGAGAGAGAGAGGGAGAGGGAGAGGGAUCGCGACAGGGACCGCGAUGAUACAGACGGCGCAUUCAUGUCCCCUUUCUACGUGGAAGCAGACCCGGACCCGAACUCUGCUCCUGUCCAUCCAUCUGCCAAUGACCGUCUCGCUAGCCCGAACGUGUUCAAUGCUGCUUCGCGGCUGCACCAGCCGGCUACAUUUUUCAUCUUUGCUGAUCUCUCUAUUCGCUCUGCGGGUCUCUAUCGUCUCCAAUUUCGAUUGAUGAAUUGGGGCUCUGUUGAAGAUACGGGGCAGUCAAUGCCGAUUCUUGCGGAGGCUUGGUCAGAUCCUUUCCGUGUGUAUCCUGCGAAGGAUUUCCCGGGAAUGCAGAAUUCGUCGAUUUUGGCGGAGGGGUUGAAGGAGCUAGGGUUUGUGGAGUUGAAGACAAGGGGGCAUGGGAAGGGGAAAGGGAAGAAGAGGAAAUAG